ACACAGACAACAACGAGUUAACGAAAGCCUUUUAUCCAAGCUCAGGGAAGGGAAGCUCACAGUUUCGUUGGAUCCAAUCUUUUAUCCAAGCUCAGCGAUGGCUUCUCGUCAGCAGCAUCCUACUAGCUACCACGCCGGCGAGACCAAGGCCCGUGCCGAGGAGAAGACGGGUCAAGUGAUGGGGGCGACGCAGGAGAAAGGGAGGGAGGCCAAGCACAAGGCGUCCGACGCCUCCGACCGCGCCAUGGGAAUGGGCCACGACGCCAUGGAGGCGACCAGGGAGAAGGCGCGCGCCGCCGCGGACCGAACCAUGGGGAUGGGCCACGACGCCGGGGAGGCGGCCAAGGACAGGGCGUACCGGGCCAAGGACGCGGCCUCCGGUGCCGCUGGCCGCGCCAGGGACACUGCGUCCGACGCGGCCGGCGCUGCCGGGGACCGCGCCCGCGACGGCGCGCAGCAGACCGGGAGCUACGUCGCGCAGACGGCCGAGGCCGCCAGGCAGAAGGCGGCCGGCGCCGCGCUGUACGCCAAGGACACCGUGGUGGCCGGCAAGGACAAGACCGGCGCCCUCCUGCAGCAGGCAGGGGAGAAGGUGAUGAGCACGGCCGUGGGGGCCAAGGACACGGUUGUCAGCACGGCCGUGGGGGCCAAGGACACGGUUGUCAGCACCGCCGUGGGAGCCAAGGACGCGAUGAUGAACUCGCUCGGCAUGGCCGGCGAGGACAAGGACGGCACCACCACCACCGACGCCGGCAAGGACACCAGCACCCGCAAGCCUGGCAGGGACUAUUAGAGGACACGGCAGCCAAACUUCUCAGUGUUUCUGUUCCAGAAGUUUCUGAUCCCAUCAUUUAGGUUCAAAAGUUUCUCAUUUCAUUUCAAACUUUCAGUGUUUGGUGCAUGCUGUAAACUCUCUUCAGGACGGGUCGUUUGACAUUUGUGUCGACUGAAGCCUCCGCGCUUUCGACUCAACGAUGUAUAUGUAAUAAUAAAGUCGCAAAGCUGUUGUUUUAUUUUCA